UGUAAACAAAACCUCAGCAGCAGCACGUGAGAGGGGGAUUUCCAUGGAAAAUAGACGCCGUUUGUCCUGAAACAGUGCAAUGACGACCCGCUUUAUUUUAUUUACCCGGCAGGUUUUGCCCCUUGGACAUCAUUUACGGCGUGUCUUACCCGUGAAGGUGUUUAUUUCUAUGUAAUGCUCGCGCUGUCAGAGUUUAGCGCGGUCUGUGAAUGCUCUGAAUUUAAAGCGCGCAGAAUCCUUCAUCUGCUCUGCACAUGUUUUAGACGUUCAGAAAUGCUUUUGCUGAGGUUUUGUUUGUUUGCUUGUUUAUAUCAGACCUUCUGCUCGUCCACACGCGAUGAGGUUCGCUUGGCAAAGGAGGCCAGCAAGAAAUACGGGAAACCUGAACCCACUAUAUUUUCUAAAAUAGUUGACAAAACUAUCCCUGCAGAUAUAAUUCACGAGGAUGACAAGUGUCUAGCUUUCAGAGAUGUAAAUCCCCAGGCUCCUGUGCACUUCCUGGUUAUUCCAAGGAUUCCCAUUCCCAAGAUCAGUGAAGCACACGAUGAUGAUGCAUCGCUUCUGGGUCAUCUUUUGAUAGUGGCCAAAAACAUAGCAAAGAAAGAAGGACUGGACGAAGGAUACAGAGUUGUCAUCAAUGAUGGUAAAAAUGGGGCGCAGUCUGUGUAUCACCUUCACAUUCAUGUUCUCGGAGGACGUCAAAUGAAAUGGCCUCCAGGAUAGAUGGACCUACUGUCAGAAUAAAAGUAAUGCUCUGCAUUUUUGGAAGAUAUGAGAAUAAUGGAUAAACAGUACAAAAUGGAAAUUUGUUGGAUAUUAUCAAAAAAUGUUUGUCAAAUAAAGUGUAAUACUGUUUUUUUUAUUCAUUACAAGAGUUUGGCUUUCAUUCUGCAAUUAAUGUUAACAAGCUGUUGGGUAAACUGCACUUAACUGGGUUGGGUUACCUUUACUGUUGUUUACUGUCAUCAUUGGUUAAUAAAAAUAUUCUGGCGAGUUUU